AUGGUUGAUGAAGUUUUGGAGAGGUUGGGUAAGUUUCGUUUGACUGAGGCUGAACAAAAAGAGGUUUCCGUUGAUAUAAGUAGUGAUGUAGUGUUAAAGAGGCAUGGACAACAAUGCUUGAUAGGUAUGAGUGUUGCCGAGAGAUCUCCUAACAAGGAAGCCUUCAAAGCCACAAUGGUGAGAGUCUGGAAACCAAAAGGUGUACUAUUCAAAGAGGUGGGGGAGAACAUCUUUUUUAUAGAGCUUCAAAGUGAAGAGGAUCUUAUGAAGGUGCAAAGAGGUAGGCCAUGGUCCUUUGACAGGAACCUGGUGUGCCUUAACACUUUUGAUGGUAGGUCUGCUCCUAAAAAUAUUGAGUUUACGAAAAAGUUUCUAUGGAUCCAACUCCACAAUCUUCCUUUUGGAGGGAUGACCAGAGAGGUUGGGAUGCAAAUUGGAGGCUUGAUGGGUGAUGUGGUAAAGGCAGAUGUCAAUGGUGAAGGUAUAGGUUGGGGUCCCUACCUAAGGGUGAAAGUUGCCAUUAAUAUUCAUCACCCACUUAUGCGUGGGAUUAACCUUAACAUGGAUGGAACCAAAAGAUGGAUCUCUUUCCUCUAUGAAGGUUGCCAUCUUUCUGCUUCAAAUGCAGAAUUAUUAAACAUGGGGUGA